AGACUGGCAUCCUUUGAGGGGAGGGGAAGAGUGAAAGCCUGCAUGGAAUUCUGGUCAUUAGAAGCAUUUUGUUUGCUUUGGUUUGCAUCAUCACAAUGGUGCUUUCAUUUGCAAAUUAGCAAAGCCAAGGUGCAAACAUCUCCCAGCAGUUCAGAUGUGGCUGUUUCCUCCCGUUGCAGGUCUAUGGAAAUGCAGGAUCUAACCAGCCCGCAUAGCCGCCUGAGUGGUAGUAGCGAAUCCCCCAGUGGUCCCAAACUCGAUAACUCUCAUAUAAAUAGUAGUUCCAUGACUCCCAAUGGCACCGAAGUUAAGACAGAACCAAUGAGCAGCACUGAAAUAGCUUCAGCAACUGCAGACGGGUCUUUAGACAAUUUCUCAGGUUCAGCAAUUGGGAACAGCAGUUUCAGUCCCCGACCAGCUCACCAGUUCUCUCCACCACAGAUUUACCCUUCCAACAGACCAUACCCACAUAUUCUCCCUACCCCUUCCUCACAAACUAUGGCUGCAUAUGGGCAAACACAGUUUACCACAGGAAUGCAACAAGCCACAGCCUAUGCCACGUACCCACAGCCAGGACAGCCGUAUGGAAUCUCCUCCUAUGGUGCAUUGUGGGCAGGCAUCAAGACGGAAGGUGGAUUGUCACAGUCUCAGUCUCCUGGACAGACGGGAUUUCUCGGCUAUGGUACAAGCUUUGGUACCCCUCAGCCUGGACAGGCCCCAUACAGCUACCAGAUGCAAGGUAGCAGUUUUACAACAUCAUCAGGAUUAUAUACAGGAAAUAAUUCACUCACAAAUUCCUCUGGAUUUAACAGUUCACAGCAGGACUAUCCGUCUUAUCCCAGCUUUGGCCAGGGUCAGUAUGCACAGUAUUAUAACAGCUCACCAUAUCCAGCACACUAUAUGACAAGCAGUAACACCAGCCCAUCGACGCCCUCUACCAACGCCACGUACCAGCUCCAAGAGCCACCAUCUGGCAUUACGAGUCAAGCAGUUACUGACCCCACAGCAGAGUACAGUACAAUCCACAGCCCUUCAACGCCCAUUAAAGAUUCUGAUUCUGACCGAUUACGUCGAGGUUCAGAUGGCAAAUCACGCGGCCGGGGCAGAAGAAACAAUAAUCCUUCUCCUCCUCCAGAUUCUGAUCUUGAGAGAGUGUUCAUCUGGGACUUGGAUGAGACAAUCAUUGUUUUCCACUCCUUGCUUACGGGGUCCUACGCCAACAGAUAUGGGAGGGAUCCACCUACCUCUGUUUCCCUUGGACUGCGGAUGGAAGAAAUGAUUUUCAACUUAGCAGACACACAUCUAUUUUUUAAUGACUUAGAAGAAUGUGACCAAGUUCACAUAGAUGAUGUUUCUUCAGAUGACAAUGGCCAGGACCUGAGCACAUAUAACUUUGGAACAGAUGGCUUUCCUGCUGCAGCCACCAGCGCUAAUUUAUGCCUGGCAACUGGUGUGCGGGGUGGUGUGGACUGGAUGAGAAAGUUGGCCUUCCGUUACAGACGAGUAAAAGAGAUCUACAACACCUACAAAAACAACGUGGGAGGUCUGCUUGGUCCAGCGAAGAGGGAAGCCUGGCUCCAGCUGCGAGCUGAGAUCGAGGCGCUGACCGACUCCUGGCUGACGCUGGCCCUGAAGGCCCUCUCGCUCAUCCACUCCCGGACAAACUGUGUUAAUAUUUUAGUAACAACUACUCAGCUUAUCCCUGCACUGGCAAAAGUCCUGCUGUACGGAUUAGGAAUUGUAUUUCCAAUAGAAAAUAUUUACAGUGCAACUAAAAUAGGAAAGGAAAGCUGCUUUGAGAGGAUAAUUCAAAGGUUUGGAAGGAAAGUGGUGUAUGUGGUUAUAGGAGAUGGCGUGGAAGAAGAACAAGGAGCGAAAAAGCAUGCUAUGCCCUUCUGGCGGGUGUCCAGCCACUCGGACCUCAUGGCCCUGCAUCACGCCUUGGAACUGGAGUACCUGUAAUAGUCACAUGGCCCUUUGAAACCAUAUAACUGCCUUGUGUCCAGAGACAAAUCCAGUAGGUCUGAGUCUCGUGUCAGUGUUGGACUCCAGAGCACAGUGAUUUCAACAUGCAGAUGCGCGGCUGCCGUGGGUUCUGACCUCUGUCCUUGGAGGAAUCAUGUCUCUUUCUUCAGAACAGCUGCUGACUCGAGUACUGUGAAUCCAAUGAAAAUAAGCCAUGAGUAUGUUGUAACACAGUGUAAUGUGUUCAUGUCACAUUAACUACAUGGUUCAAACCUGUGAAGAAAGGACCUGCAAACAUUUCAUUUCUUAUCAAUUUCAAUGUGACAUAAACAGCUACUCCAACACAGCAAACUUGAUUGCACCACAAAGACCAAAAUGUAUUUCCUGAACACAAGUGGAGGAAUUUUCUCAGAAAGACAUUUUACUUUUUGGUGUCUCAUACCCAGGGUAAUCUGUACAUCUCUACUUAUUUAUGAAUAGACUUUUUAAAAACAGAUUUGCUGAGGUAUAAUUCAUAUACCAUAUAAUUCACUGAGACAGACUUUUUGGCAUCAAAUGAUGGAAGGGACAUUGAUGUAAGAAAUAAUUGAUUAAAGGCCUUUGUCUCAUGAGAGAGCAAAUACUUUGGAUUGUAGCACAUUGCAAAGUAGUUUAAAGUAUGUCUAAUUUAAGCAUAUAAUAUGUACAUCACUGCGACAAUCAUGUACAGAAAAUUUUUUGGUGUAAAUUUGUAAUAAUGGAUGAUUCUUUUACAUAUAGGGAAAUGAUCUUGAAAGGUAGAAAUGCCUUGAUAGUAAAGCUUGAGGCAGCGUGUGCAGACUUGUGCGGUGCCUUAUCUAAGUCUUGGAUAUAAAUAUUGUAGAUAAAUGGAUUCAUUUUGAUAAUGUUGUCAAGACCAAAAGCAUGGAUGUCAAGUGUCAAUAAGGAUUUUGUUUUCCAGGUCUUAUUAUUUUCCCCAGUAGGUCUAAAAAAAUAAAAUAAAAUAAGAUUGAUACUGGUUAGGAGGGCCUGGAUAAAACCAUAGCAGUUUCUGAAAUCCAAAAGGAUGAGUCUUAUUAGUCACCUCACUGUCUCCUUUCAACAUUAAUGUAUCAUAUGUAACUACUUGGAAAAAAUAAUUAUUCGAAUGCUUCACCCUACAGAAAGAAUAUAGAUGACAGAUAUAUUUUAUUAAUAAAAUUAAUUGGAGACUAGCAGAGUUUUCAUGUGCUCAGAAUCAUUACUGUGUCUGCAUUUUCUUGUUUAGAUAAUGAAAGACAUUACACAGAGCUGGAAAUCAGGAGAUUUCACAUUAUACUCACGCCCUCUCUUUCUCUCUCUCUCUCUCUCUCUCUCUCUCUCUCUCUCUCUCUCUCUCUCUCAUGCUGCCCAGAGAAGCCUGUGACCAACAGUGGAAGGGGUCUAGUCAUCACCACCAAAACCUAAUAUUAUAUCAUAUGACAAACAUAAACCAGAGAAAUGAAGAGUGUCACUUUUGUCAUCCCUUAAGAAAGUAUCACCAAAAUGACCAAUUUGUAUGGGCAGAGUCUUUCUCAUCUAGAACUUUGUUGCCAUGAAAUUACUCUUGGGAUUAAUUUUGUUUAAUAUUACAUUUUGGGGAAAGGCCAUUGGGUUUGACCCAGAAUAAUGAAAUGUCAUGCUGCUGCUAGAAUUAGUCAUUUGUGAGGUCUCCAAAUUGUUUAAAUGAACAAUUGAGUUAGUUUCCAUGUUUGCUGGAUGCAAACAGAAGUUGACAAUUUUUUAACCUUUUCAUUUUAUGGUUUUGUACUCUGCAGACUGAAAAGACAACAUUUAUCUUGGCCUUACUGUAAAAAGGUGUGUCGUGUCCACAAUG